AUGAUAGCUGGCCCUCGAGCCAAGAUCACAGAUUUCGGGAUGUCCAAGCUUGCCAGUGUCAAUCCUCGCAUGACAGCCUUGACCCUAUGCCCAGGUAAUGUGUUGUACAUGUCACCUGAAGCUCUGGAUGAAGCCAAAUCCUACACGGCUAAGCUUGACAUCUUUUCCUUUGGUGUAAUAGUCAUCCAGAUCUUGACCAGGAAGUUCCCCAACCCCACUGAUCGUUUUCGUAUCGUUCGUAGUGAGCAACGUGAAGAUGAAGACGACGAUGAAGAAAGUGAAGUCCGGAAGGUAGUUCCCGAGACAGAGCGUCGUCAGGCCCACCUCAAUUUGAUCGCAGCCACUCACUCUCUAAAGCCAGUAGUCCUCCAAUGUCUAAAGAAGAAAGAAAGUCUACGACCCUCAGCGCUACAACUCGGUGAAAGGCUGUCUGCUCUGAAAGGGUCCUCUCAGUACACAGAGAGCAGGCAACAGGCAGAGAGCAACAGUGAGGUAGAACAACUUCAACUCCAGCUUCGAGGGCAGCGAAUCUUGACGGAUGCGAAAACGAAAGAAGCCGAGGAAUAUCAGGAACAAAUCGCACAGCUGGGGAAUGCAAUUGAAGACAGAGAUAGGCAACUUCUAGAGCAGCAGUAUUCUCUUGUGGAUAACAUUUUGUCAGUUUCAGGAGAAGGAGCAACAACUGCAGGCACAAAAUGUGCAGCUUCAACUCAAGCAGGACACGAUAUCUUCUAG